AUGGUGCUCCUGAUUGAUGAAAUUGCUAAAAUUUUAAAAUGCAGUGUUACUUCACUGCGCUAUCAACUUAUUCACCCUUCAAAUCGUGAUAAAAUUUUAAAACAACUAAAGGGAAAGAAAUUAAAAACAACUUAUUUGGAUAAUAAUGGGAUGAGCAAAACUUUAUUUUUUGAUGAUUUGAGUCGAAAUGGAGCAAAUAGUAUUCUGGCUUAUGGACGACUUUCAUCACCUUUUAAUGUUAAUGUGGCAGCACAUUUUUACGCCCGACAUCGUAUACGACUCAAUCACCCUUAUCAUUUGUGUGUAGUUCAACGACAAACCCAUGAAGAUAGAUAUUACCCUUUGGAAUUAUUAGAAUUAGUGGAGGAAGAACCUUUAUCUGGGUGGAUGGCAAAUAUUUUUAUUGAUAAAACAACUCAAUCAACUUCUGAACAAUCUGAAAGGGAUUUUGAUGUAACAACACCUGUGCCUCUUUCCGACUACGACGAUAAUCUUUGUUAUGGAGGAAGAAAAUUUAGCCAAUCAGAAGAUGACUUUGAAUACAUGCACGGCUGGUAA